GAUCCUUGCUGCUUUCGUCCGCCCCGGAGUCUCGCGCUGUGCGACAGCGCCUGCAACAACAUGGCUCACUGCGAGGUCGAUGCGUCCUACCUACUGUACUUCGACCGGCAAUUUCUACUUUGCAUUGUGUGUGUGUUUGAGAGUGUGUGCUCUAUGCUAUAUUGCCAAAGGCAAAAAGGAAAAAUCCAUAGUCAUCCAUCUGUGCCAUCGCUGCAGCUACUAGGUAUCCUGCAUUCUGGAUUCACCAUUCCGUCGCAAUCCAACGACAGGAAACCAGGUCGUGACUAAAGCAAAGCAAGGGCAACGAAUCUGGGGCUUUGUAUGGUUGUCAUCUCGUCAAAGAAAACUUUUUUUUUUUUU